GCGCCUGGCGGGGCCAGCCAGGAAUCACAUGCGUAGAUGACCUACCCUCGGCCGUUCCGGGUUAAACCAUUCGGUACACGGACGAGGGGAGGGCAGCGAUAGGUUGAACCAUUCAGGAGGAAGGAGAAGAGAAGAAGCGGGCCGCGGGUAUUCACAGAGUGGAAAAGUAAAGGAUCGAACCACCGGGCUUCGCAUUAUGGCUUUGAAGAAAAGCCCAGCAUUUUAAUCCUCCUAGGAAUUCCUGAUCAGCAUCUAUUCCCAAAGUCUCAUUGCCUAUCAGAAUGGCAGCUAUAAGCAGGAGUUUAAGCAUCCUGCAGGUCGAGAAUCUGUCCAGAUGUCUCCUCAGGGCUUGUGGGCUUCACACAACGCCCAAUCAUCUGAAUUCCAAUCGGACGUCCAUCGCUUGCUUUCCAAGAUCAAAGUACGCUCGGCUAUAUCCGGUCCUCCUGAUUAAACUGGACGGAUCUACUGUACAUCUCCGUUACAAAGAGCCGAGGCGUAUCCUUCAGAUACCCGUGGACCUCAACACUCUCCCCGAGGCCGAAAGGAGAAGUCGGUUGAGGAGGAAGAACUUGAUGAAGUCCAAGAAGGAAGAAGUAGUUGCAACUUUCGAAGACGACUUUCAACUGGAAUAUUACAAGAAAUUUUGGAAUAAAAAAUGAGGGAGGGGUUGUUUUGGGCAGUAAGAAAAACUAAAUUCUAUGGCAGCAAGUUAUGCAACCCACCCACAAAUAAAGAUAUUUCUUUGUAA